CUAUCAGCGUCUUCGUCUCCCUGCAGCCUCACUCAGAGCAGAGCGCCGGCGGGCGGCGAGUUCAGACGGUCCACACACUGGUGCAUGCGUCCCUACUGGGUCUACAGGCCUCCGCACACAGGCUUUGAUGGAGUGGCAGCCGGAUGAACAGGGACUCCAGCAGGUCCUUCAGCUCCUGAAAGACUCUCAGUCCCCAAACACAGCCACGCAGAGAGCUGUGCAGCAGAAACUGGAGCAGCUGAACCAGUUUCCUGACUUCAACAACUAUCUCAUCUUCGUCUUGACGAGACUGAAAUCUGAGGAUGAGCCGACACGUUCGCUCAGUGGCUUGAUUCUAAAGAACAAUGUGAAGGCCCACUACCAGAACUUCCCUCCUGCAGUGGCAGACUUCAUCAAGCAAGAAUGUCUGAGCAACAUUGGGGAUCCAUCCCCCCUUAUUCGUGCUACCAUCGGUAUCCUGAUCACAACCAUCGCUUCUAAAGGGGAGCUGCAGACAUGGCCUGAGCUUCUCCCUCAGCUCUGCAACUUGCUCAACUCUGAGGAUUAUAAUACCUGUGAGGGUUCAUUUGGAGCUCUACAGAAAAUCUGUGAGGACUCUUCAGAACUGUUGGACAGUGAUGCCCUGAACCGACCACUAAACAUCAUGAUCCCCAAGUUCCUCCAGUUCUUCAAGCACUGUAGUCCCAAGAUAAGAUCUCAUGCCAUUGCUUGUGUGAACCAGUUUAUCAUUGGAAGAGCUCAAGCUUUGAUGGACAACAUUGACACCUUUAUUGAGAGUCUGUUUGCGCUGGCUGCAGAUGAGGACUCUGAGGUGAGGAAGAACGUAUGUCGGGCGCUGGUCAUGCUGCUUGAAGUCCGUAUCGAUCGACUCAUCCCACACAUGCACAGCAUCGUUCAGUACAUGCUACAGCGUACGCAGGACCCUGAUGAGAAUGUGGCUCUGGAGGCCUGUGAGUUCUGGCUCACCCUGGCUGAGCAGCCGAUCUGUAAGGAGGUGCUAUCUGGACACCUGGUUCAACUGAUUCCUAUUCUGGUGAAUGGAAUGAAGUACUCUGAAAUUGACAUCAUCUUGCUGAAGGGUGACGUGGAGGAGGAUGAGGCUAUUCCAGACAGUGAGCAGGACAUUAAACCCCGUUUCCACAAGUCUCGCACAGUCACACUGCAGCACGAAGGGGGCGAAGGAGAGGAGGGGGAGGAUAUUGACGAAGAUGAUGACGAUGAUGAUGACACUCUGUCUGACUGGAACCUGCGUAAAUGUUCAGCAGCAGCGCUGGACGUGUUGGCUAAUGUUUUCCGGGACGAGUUGCUCCCCCAUCUGCUCCCACUUCUGAAGGAUCUGCUGUUCCACCCAGACUGGGUCGUCAAGGAGUCUGGCAUUCUGGUGCUGGGGGCCAUCGCUGAGGGUUGUGUACAGGGCAUGGUUCCAUACCUGCCUGAGUUGAUUCCUCACCUGAUCCAGUGUCUAUGUGAUAAGAAAGCUCUGGUUCGCUCCAUUGCCUGCUGGACGCUGAGCCGCUACGCUCACUGGGUGGUCAGCCAGCCACCCGACGCCUACCUCAAACCCCUCAUGACCGAGCUGCUCAAACGCAUCCUUGACGGCAACAAGAGGGUGCAGGAGGCCGCCUGCAGUGCAUUUGCAACUCUAGAGGAAGAGGCCUGUACUGAGCUGGUUCCCUAUCUGGGCUUUAUUCUGGACACACUGGUCUUUGCUUUUGGAAAAUACCAGCACAAAAAUCUUCUCAUCUUGUAUGAUGCCAUUGGAACAUUGGCUGACUCAGUGGGCCACCAUCUCAAUCAGCCUGAAUAUAUACAAAAGCUGAUGCCCCCUCUCAUCCAGAAAUGGAAUGAGCUGAAAGAUGAAGACAAGGAUCUGUUCCCUCUGUUGGAGUGUCUGUCAUCGGUGGCCACUGCGCUACAGAGUGGCUUUCUGCCCUACUGUGAGCCAGUAUACCAGCGCUGUGUCACCCUGGUUCAGAAAACCCUUGCUCAGGCAAUGAUGUAUAAUCAGCACCCAGAGCAGUAUGAGGCUCCUGAUAAGGACUUCAUGAUCGUGGCUCUGGACCUGCUCAGUGGACUAGCUGAGGGUUUGGGUGGCCAUGUGGAGCAGCUGGUCGCCCGCAGCAACAUCAUGACUCUGCUUUUCCAGUGCAUGCAGGACACCAUGCCAGAGGUGAGGCAGAGCUCUUUCGCGCUGCUGGGAGACCUGACCAAAGCCUGCUUCCUUCAUGUUAAGCCCUGCAUCGCUGAGUUCAUGCCCAUCUUGGGACUCAACCUGAACCCGGAGUUCAUCUCGGUCUGUAACAAUGCCACCUGGGCCAUCGGUGAGAUCUCCAUACAGAUGGGCUCAAGUGACAGCAGGCAGGGAGCAGGUGACUGUUCAGGUGUAGAGAUGGAGCCAUAUGUGGGGCUGGUUCUUAACCACCUGGUGGAGAUUAUAAACAGACCCAAUACCCCCAAGACUCUACUGGAGAACACAGCCAUUACGAUUGGUCGACUAGGAUACGUUUGUCCUCAGGAGGUGGCACCCAUGUUGCCACAGUUUAUUCGACCUUGGUGCCAGUCGCUGAGAAACAUCAGGGACAAUGAGGAGAAAGAUUCAGCCUUCAGAGGCAUCUGCUUAAUGAUUGGGGUGAAUCCUGGGGGUGUAGUGCAGGACUUUAUUUUCUUCUGUGAUGCCGUGGCGUCCUGGAUGAACCCGAAAGAAGAUCUGAGGGAUAUGUUCUACAAGAUCCUGCAUGGCUUUAAGGACCAGGUUGGGGAAGAGAACUGGCAGCAGUUCUCUGAGCAAUUCCCCCCCCAGCUGAAGGAACGGCUGUCAGCCUGCUAUGGCGUUUAGAUGCGUCCCCCUAAUUAACACAGGACACGCCUGUUAGGUCUAAUCUACGGGAGGGUUACUGGGGAACUCAUCCAUGUCUGUGUAUUGCACUGCCCUGCUGUUGGAGGGGGGGAAGAACGGCGCGAUGGUCUGUGUGUCGGGGCGGCCCCGCACCCUGUG